GAGAGAUCAAAGUCGAGGCCAACCCAUAGAAGACACGACUCGUUGUCGUCGACCACUAGUUCUCACACUAUAUCCCAAUUGUUGGCGAAGAAGACAUUCAUCGAAGAGACGGGUCUUUCGCCGCAAAACGCGUACAGAAUUGACACCAAAAGAGAUUCAAAUAAUUUGGCGUUUAAUUCAUUGUAUUAUAAAAAUGUCGCGAAUUAUGAGAAAAACAAAACAAUUAAUAUCUCGAAGAGAAAAAGGGAUCAAAACGACGAUUCUGUCAAAAAUCAUAAGAAGAAGAAAAUGAGAUAUUUUUCUCUCGAAAAUCUAAUAUUAAUGAAGAAAAGUCUCAAAGAGUCGACAGAUUUGUCGAAACCAGUGAUGAGACCAAUGAAAGAAGCGUUGGAUUUCAUUGCAAUCAAAGCCAAUCAACCUUUUAGUCAGUUAUUGACGAUUCAGUCAAACACUAAUCCAUCGAAUCCUUUGGGAGUUUACGACACGAAGACUGCUCUUUGGUCUGAAGGAAAGGGAUGUUUAGAUGAUAUCCCUAUUCCUGAGUCGUCUCUCAAAUUCCAGUCAAUGAAAGACAAAACAUCUAAAAAUGAGACAAUUGGCGCGAAUCGAUGUCCGACUCGUCAACAAUAUAUUUACGAUAAAACACAAGAAUUUAACGCAUAUUUGAGAGACAAUGAAUUGGAUGUCGAGAAAUGGCUUCAAUUCAUAGCAUUUCAGGACAAAUGCGUGGAAACGACGGAUCAUUUGAAAGACAAAAUCGAUGGCAAAACAUAUGAUGUGUUCAUUAAUGAGAAGAAACUUUCCAUUUGUGAGAAAGCGUUGAGUUUUAAUUCGCAAUCAAUUGAUCUGUUGUUAUGUCGACUCGAAAUUGUGUCCAAUAUUUGGGAUUUCGAUAAAGUGGUCAAAGAGUGGAAACUUUACGAGAAAUGCAUUGAAAUGCUCUCAAAAAUGUUGGAAAAGACUUUUAUAAGUCAUUCGCCGCCCAAAGACUUGGAGAGAGAAUUGGUUUUAAUUCUGAGCUCUUAUUCGCGAUUUCUCUUAAGUAUUGGACAAACGGAGAGAUCUAUUGCUAUAUUUCAGGCGUUAAUUGAAUUCAAUUUAUUUACUCCGAGUUUAUUGACGUUUGAAAUGUCUGUUCAGGAUUGGAAAUCACUGUUUGAGCCGUUUUGGGACAGCGGUUGCCCUCGUUUUGGGGAAAACGGAUCCAUCGGUUGGUCUCAAGUGAUGGCUAAGAAGAAUGUGGGAAAUAGUGAACAAAUGGAUCCACAAAUCGAUUCUCUCAUCGAUAAAGAAGAGAAUCAAAUCAUAUCAGAGAAAAGUCAUAAGAAUAUCGUUUGGCUUAAGUUUGAAUUAUUGAGACAACGGUUCCAUUGGCUUCCGGUUCGCACCGACACUGACAUCGACGACACGGAGAGGAUUGUCUCAAGUGAUGAUGUGAUCGAUGUUUUGGUCAGAUUUCGUGAGACAAACACUAAAUACUUUUUAGUGAAACAAUUUUUACGCUUUUUAUCAGUGAUUGACUUUAAAAGUGAUGAAAAUGUGUUCAAAAGUGAUGACUGUUUUGAGCCAAUUGUAGGAAUCCGUGACUUUUCUCUUCAUUUACCGCUUUUACCGAAAUUCUAUGGAAACGAAACUAUUAUUCAAAACAUCUUUAAGUCAAGCGUUGAGUUGUUUUGCGGC